UGUCAAAUUAAUUUUCGUUUAUUUUUAACGGAAAUUAUAAAUACCGUCAGUAGAAUUUUCGUAUCAAUCUUAUUUGACAACACAAUGGAUAGCACGCUUCGUCUUGCGUGUUUUGUAUUAGUUACCCUAACAUUUUGCCAAGGAUCGAUAACACCAUGUAGAGAAGAUGAUGAGUACUGUUUGAUAUCGACAGCUCAGGAUUUGUAUUCUCAAAUAAUGCCCGGAAUCCCAUCGAUUGGCACAGAAAAUUUUGAUCCAGUAUGGAUUGAAGAAGUUGAUGGUAGUUUAACUAUAUUGAAGUAUAAAAUUGAAAAUGCAACAGUUACUGGGUAUGCUUAUUGUGAAAUAAAACAUCUUAGUAUCGACACAAGCCGAUCAAACUUCAAGUUAAAUUUGUUCUGCCCAGAAAUAGGUAUGUAUGGUGAUUACGAGAUGAAUGGUCGGUUGAUCGUUCUCCCUGUGGAAGGCAACGGGAACUUUACAUUGAGCAUAUAUUCCUACGAUAUAAAUUUUGACGUUGACUACAAGGUUGUGAAGACUUAUGAUGGCAAAGAAUAUAUGAGCAUAAAGGAUUACAAUUUUGAAGCAACUACUGAAAGGGGAGGAGUUUUCUACUUUGACAAUCUGUUCAAUGGCAGAAAAGAUUUAGCCGACACAGUGCUCAAGUUUGCAAACGAAAACUCAAUAGAAGUGCUGCACGAGUUCCAGAGACCAAUCCUUGCUGUCACUUAUAAGAAAUUCAUGAAGAAUCUUAACAAGUUUCUCAAAUCAAUGCCAAUGGAGCAUUUAUUUGCGCAGUAAACAUAUGGAAGGCACACUUUGUUGGGAGCAAUAAGUAAUGGCAUAUUAUCUGUGAUGAUAAUGUUAAUUCUAAAUCAUUUUGUAUUGAAUAAAUUGUAUUAUUUCAAAGCGGA